AUGUUCUCCAUCACCCGCGCUCUCCUCCUCGCUCUCCUGCCCAUGGCUCUAGCAGCCUCCUCUUCCUCCGCCGCAAAAUCCUCCGACACCACCAGCUACGUCGGCGCCACCAUCCCCGCCGCAUUCAAAGACACCAGCACACCCAGCACAUCUAGCACGCCCAGCACAUCCAGCACGCCCACCGCAGCCCCCUCCCUCUUUGUUGUCGCCAACCGCUUCUCCUCCCUGCACUCCAACGACAACGGCGAAGGCACCGGGCAAGAGGAAAAGCGGCCUUACGGUGUGGAUGGGCCGAACGAUGUCGCUUUUGGGUUUUACGCUUCGAAUGGGUACACGUCGGAGACGUUUAGGGUUAGUUAUUAUAAGAGUGUGGCGGAUGCUUCGGCGACGGGUGAGGAUGGGCAGGUGGCGGUUUCGGCUUGGAAGACGGGGGAUCCUACGAGCUUCAUUGAGUGUGCGAAUGUCAAGUGUGUCGCUUCUGCCACGGCCAGUCCUACGGAGGAUGUGUAUGUGACCCCGGUACCCGACAUGACGACCACCACCGAGGCUUUCGAGAUCAAAUGUACCGGGGUCUAA